AUGGCAACUUUGGAAGAGUUAGUUGACUUCGUAAAUUCUUGCGCGGAUGCAGCGAACGAUCCUGUUUACGGUAAAGAGGCGCUGACUACGAAACCUAGUGAUUCGAAAGAAAAAAGACAAGAAGGAUGGAAGCGCUCGAGUUUUUCAACGAAUGUCUCCGGGAUGGGAGGAGAACAGACCAUAGAUGACGGAGCCGGGUCACUCAGUAAUAAAGAAUUUUGUCUUUCGUGCAAGAAGAAUGGUCAUGACUUAGACGAUUGUAGAUUAUUCCUAAAGAAACCUAUCGAAGAAAGAAAACUAAUGCUAAGAGAAAAUAGAUUGUGUUUUGGUUGUUACGGCAACGAUCAUUUGGUGAAAGGAUGCCAAAAUAGAAAAAGGUGCAAGACCUGUGGAAAACGACACCCAACUGCGUUACAUAUACCUGGUUUCAAACUUCCUGGUAAAAGUAAUAAUCAAGAAUGUAAGACAGAUGAUCUUGAAGAAUCUAAUAGGAAAGUCAACAACGGAAGCACUGGUGUUCAAACUAGUCAACCGACGAUAUUUCAUGCCAUCCUACCUGUAAAAGUAAGACACAAGAAUAGUGACAAACUUGUCGACACUUAUGCCUUCUAUGAUAAUGGAAGUGACGGAUGCUUUAUAACGAACACUCUAAAAGACCAACUAGAAGUUUCUGGAACUGAGAUCACAUUGAAACUUGGAACAAUGCAUGGACAAAGUCAUGUACCCAGCACUAUUGUAAAUGAUCUAAUUGUUACAGAUACAUGCCAUCAGAAUCCGAUCGAGAUCUCUAAGCUAUACUCGAGAGAAUUCAUACCUGUAGACCAUAGACAAAUUCCAACCCCAGAAACUCUAUCCAAAUGUAAGCAUUUAGCAGAAAUCUGUAAAGAAAUCCCGUCGUAUAAUCCUAAUCUCGAAAUUGGUCUUUUAAUUGGAAGUAAUUGCCCGAUCGCAUUAGAGCCUCUGAGAGUAAUUCCAUGUAACAGAGAAGGCCCGUUCGCAAUCCAUUUACGACAUGGAUGGACAAUAAAUGGCCCCAUACAAAUAAGUGAUGAAACUCCACAUAAUACUACAGUGAACCGAAUUACAAUCCGUCAAGUAGAGCGUGUCAAAGAGAUUCUUACUCCCAAGUCGUUAUUAAGAACAUUAGAAAUGGAUUUCAACGACCAUGCAGAAUUAAACGGCAAAGCAUACUCGCAAGAAGAUAAAUCAUUUUUGAAACGAGCCGAACAAGAUAUCCAAUUAAUUGAUGGCCAUUAUCAACUUCCCUUACCAUUCAGAAAUUCUGACCCUCGUCUACCGAAUAACCGUCAACAAGCCACACAACGAGCAUACUGGCAAAAGAAGAAGAUGUUAAGCAAUGAGAAAUAUCGACACGAUUACGUGACAUUUGUGGAAAACUUGAUUACAAAGGGCUAUGCUGAGAAAAUACUAACGGAACAAAAUUCCCCAACUUCAGGAAAGAUAUGGUACUUACCCCACCAUGGUUUGUAUCACGCCAAGAAACCCGACAAAAUCCGUGUCGUUUUCGACUGUAGUGCACGGUAUGGAAAUACAUCACUAAACGAUCAACUACUUCAAGGUCCGGACUUAACCAAUACCUUGAUUGGCGUGCUUACCAGAUUUAGACAAGAACCAUUUGCAUUCACAGCCGACAUCGAAUCCAUGUUUUACCAGGUGAACGUUCCAAUAAAUCAGCGUGAUUUUCUUCGAUUUGUCUGGUGGCCCAACGGUGAUCUUAGUCAGCCGAUAGAAGAAUAUCGUAUGACAGUUCACAUUUUCGGAGCGGUAUCCUCGCCGAGUUGUUCCAAUUUCGCUUUGAGACAAACAGGAGCCGAUAACGUUGAAGAAUUUGGCUCUGCAGUUGCACAAACGAUUCAUAAUAAUUUUUACGUAGACGACUGUUUAAAAUCGGUAGAUGAACAGUAUGCCGCUUGUGAGUUAACCGUUAAACUGCGUGAGGCUUGUGCCAAAGGAGGUUUCCGUCUUACGAAAUUCACUAGCAAUAACCGAGCCCUUCUAGCAUCAAUACCGGAAGAGGAACGUGCUAAAGAAGUUAAAUGCCUAGAUUUAACUCAUGAUACCCUCCCUAUUCAACGAACACUAGGGGUUCUAUGGUGUAUCGAAUCGGAUCAAUUCCAGUUUCGGAUAACAUUGAGCACAAAACCAUUAACACGAAGAGGUGUACUAUCGGUAGUAUCAUCAGUAUAUGAUCCCUUUGGGUUCGUGGCACCUUUUGUAUUGUCAGCAAAAAAGAUAUUGCAAGAUCUUUGUCGAGAGAAUAAAUUAGAUUGGGAUGAUGAGAUACCAGAGCAGUACCGAAUUAGAUGGAUGAAGUGGAUAAAAGAGCUGCCAGAAAUUGAGAAACUAUCCGUUGAUCGAUGUUUGAAACCAACUAAUUUUGGUUGA